UUUGUGAGUUUCACAAAUUAAAAGUCUGGAUAAAGACUAGAAGAUGUCAACAACCAACAGAAUAAUGGCGACUUCCUUCCACUUUUCGGCGGAAACGCCUCCCGACUCAAUGUUUUCAGAUAUUCAAACAUUUAACAAGUUUGGAGACGAACAAUUUUCUCAACUCAUCUCAAUAGUGUUUGCAUUUCUGCUUGAACCAAGUAAGUCAAGUAGGUUUUUAGGUCAAUUGGAAGAAUUUGCUGAAGAACAGGGAGUGAAUGCUACUGGCCUAAAAAAUGUCAUCAAAAGCAUCCUUACAAUCCCAUAUAGUGCAGUCAAGCGUAACAUGACAUCUGCCCAGCUACAGGAAGACCUGUUACAUUUGGGUCUUUCUGAGGAUAAGUCAGCUUAUUUUUCAAAACAGUGGCAUCACAAUAUUGUCGGUUUGUCCAAGACAGCUGUUGGACAGACUUUAAUGGUGAACCAACUGGUUGAUAUGGAUUGGAAAUUUGGUGUGACAGCAGCAAGUAGUGAACUCAAAAAAGUUGGCAAUACAUUUUUGCAGUUGAAAUUAGUUGUCAACAAAGGAAAUAAGACAGAAAAUGUUUAUAUGGAAUUGACAGUUCCACAGUUUUAUUCAUUCUUGCAUGAGAUGGAAAGAGCGAAAGCCAGUCUGGAGUACUUCAGUUAAUACAUACACUACACUACCUAUCCAUUAGUAUCUAGCCUUAUAAAGAACCUAAAAUUUAUCUCUAGUUUGUAUAGGCCAAAGAAGCAGUGCCAGCACCAGCAGGUGUCCUGGGGAAACAGUACCGCCCCUCAGGGAACCCUGGAUCCCCUGUCAGGGGAAGAUGCCAAUCAUAUACAGUAGAUGGGGAACUCUGCUUUAAUACAGGUAUUUUACAGUCUGAGAGAGCCACACAUAACACAUCUCCACCCCACCCCCCAAAAUUGUGUGGAUGGGAGGUGAGGUGGAGGGAGACUGAUGGGAGAAAUGUGAAGGUAGAGUUUGGCGGGAGGAGUUGGUGGGGGGGGGUACUCAAUGAUUAAGUAGUAGUGCCCUUACGGUUGCAAAUUAAGUGAUAUGAGGUGAAUUUUAACUACUUGAGCAUGAUUUUUUGCUUGCAAAAUUUUCAAU